AUGGCGCCCGAGCGAACUCACAAUGAAACGUCCCCGUUGCUGGGGGAUAGCAACGGCACUGCGUCAAACGGAGCCAUUCCCCAUCGCGAUGAGGAGCAGCCAGCGGAUAUCGUGCAGUCUACGGACGAACAGGCCAAAGACCCUUUUCCAGAUGCACGGAAGCAACUCAAGUAUAUUGUCCCGGCCAUAUCACUAGGUAUCUUCCUGUCGGCAGCAGACCAGACGAUUAUUAUGGCCAGUUAUGGCCAGAUUGGAAGUGAUCUAAAGGCUCUUAAUCUGACCAGCUGGAUUGCGACUUCGUACUUCUUGACCCUGACUUCGUUUCAACCGCUGUACGGCAAGCUGAGCGAUAUAUUUGGCCGCAAGGCCUGCCUACUCUUCGCGUAUGCCAUCUUUGGAACUGGUUGUCUAUUCUGUGGGCUUGCACGUAAUAUCAAUGAGCUCAUUGCGGCACGUGUAUUCCAGGGCAUUGGUGGCGGUGGGAUGACCACUGUCGUCAGUAUUCUGAUGAGUGACCUUGUUCCCCUGCGCGAUCGAGGGGUUUGGCAGGGGAUUAUCAACAUCAUCUAUGCGACCGGAUCCGGUACUGGCGCGCCUCUGGGCGGAAUCCUAUCUGAUUACAUUGGCUGGCGUUGGGCCUUCCUGGCACAAUUCCCUCUUUGCAUUCUCGCAUUCAUCGCAGUUUCUGUGAUGCUCAAGCUUCCGGCCCGCGAAAAUGCUCACUGGAAGACUAAACUCCGUCGCAUCGACUUCCUUGGUGCCAUUGUCCUGGUUGGUGCCGUUUUGGGCUUCCUGUUGGGCUUGGACCGUGGCAGUAAUGUGUCAUGGAAGCUGCCCUUGACAAUCGCCUCUUUGGGUGUCUCGGUCAUCUUGUUCAUCGUGUUCGUCCUAGUUGAGAUCUAUCUGGCAACCGAGCCUUUCGCGCCCGGUCACAUCAUCUUCGACCGCACCUUCUUCUCCCUGUAUUGCUGUAACUUUUUCAGUUUCGGUGGUUGGCUCGCGGCGCUCUUCUACAUUCCGCUGUACUUCCAGGCAGUCGAUGGGGUUUCUGCCACCAUCGCUGGGCUACGCCUGCUACCAAGCAUUCUGGCCGGCGUUAGUGGCUCACUUUUUGCUGGUCUCCUGAUGAAAUGGACUGGAAAGUACUACUGGCUAACUGUUGCGGGCUAUACGUCUCUGACGACCGGGUGUUUUGUCAUCUAUCUUUUCUCCGGAGGCCUUGUGGCCAGUACAGUACCAAUGAUCAUCGGAAUGACUAUGGCGGCAUUUGGAAACGGAAUCGGCGUUACCACAACCCUCAUCGGCCUGAUCUCCAAUUCUUCUCUUGAAGAUCAAGCUGUGGUGACGGCAUGUUCGUAUCUCUUCCGCUCCCUGGGCUCGGUGAUCGGACUUUCUCUGUCCGCGAGCGUUGUCCAGCAACUCCUGAGGAAACGGCUCCGAUCCGAUCUGCACGAUAGUAAGAACAUUGACGAAAUUGUCAAUGGCGUUCGAGAAAGUCUCGAUUAUAUUAAGAAGCUGGAUCCUGAUAUUGCUCAUAUUGUGCGCAACUGCUACGGCUGGUCGACAAACCAAGGUUUCGGCUUCAUGGUCGUCGUCGUGUUUUUUGCAUUGUUCAGCGCUUUCUUCAUGCGCGAAAGCAAGCUCCAUCGCUAA